CUAGACUAGCUCUCGGGCGCUGUGGUCAGAGGGUCAGGCUGACCUCUCCCCUCCCCGAAUGUGACCGUCGAGGUGACCGGGGCCGGGGCCGCGGAGGGGACCCAGGGCGCACGGAGGACUGGGGUGGUGAGAAGGGUGGGCCGUGAGCGGGCCUGGAAGACGCGAACCGCGAGAGGGCCCCAGCAGGCAGGAGGGCGCGGGCCGCAGAACCGUCGGGCCCACGCGCGCGCCCUAGAUGGGCCAGCCGAACCCCGUCCCCUCUGGGAGCCCUGGAGCCGGCUGAGAUUUACUUCUCCGAGCCUGAGUUUCUCAGCUGUGAAAUGAGCUGCACACAAGUCCUGCCCGGCCUUUGUUCGUUCAUUGAAUAUUAACUGCACCCUUCACAGACUCUGUGCUAAGUGCUUCUUAUUCACAAGAUUAUUGUGGGGAAAUCAAAUGAGGUGAUGAAAGAGAAAGCCCUUGGCAUGCUUUUAAGAGUGUUAUAAAUUGCUGGAGAUGGAACCCAGGGCCUUAUGCAUGAUAGGAGCUCUGUUCUACUGCGCACACCCCGGCCCCUAAAUUCACGUCUUUGAGUGAAGGUGAUGAAUUGUUUUGUUAUGGCCUUGGCUGAGAGGGCAGAUUGGCUGGUGAGGCACUGUCUUGGGGAGUUUGACUGGCAGACGAAGAAGGUGGGACCCUGGGUCCCGGGACCCCCUGCUGUCCUUGGGGAUGAAGAUGAUUGUUCUUCUUCUUGUCUUCAUCUCCUGCCUGACGGUCCCCACCCUCAGCAGCUUCUGGCAGUUCCAGAGGAUGGUCAAACACAUCACCGGAAGGAGCGCCUUCCUCUCCUACUACGGCUAUGGCUGCUACUGCGGGCUUGGAGGCAAAGGAGUCCCUGUGGACGACACGGACAGAUGCUGCCUGACACAUGACUGUUGUUACAAGAAGCUGAAGGAGUCUGGCUGCCAGCCGGUGCUGAACAGCUACCAGUUCCACGUCAUCAACAAGACAGUGGUCUGCGGAUGCUCCCUGGGUCCUGGCGGCAGCUGCCUCUGCGGGCUGAAGGCCUGCGAGUGUGACAGGCAGUCUGCCUUCUGCUUCAGAAGGAGCCUGCCCACCUACGAGAGGAACUUCAAGCUGCUCUCCGGCCGGCCCCCGUGCGGCCGGCAGAAGCUCCAGUGCUAGGAAGGCCCCACCCGCCACUGCCGUCUGCUGUCCUGCUGCCCUUCUGGGAAGCCACCUCCCGUUACCCCUGACAACCCACCCUGUGGCACAGCUCCCUCGGGGCACCCUGCACCCAGCACCGGAGGCCUGGAGGUUAGAGGGGAGCCUGUGGAUAGAGAGGGACCGCGGACAUCCGCCGAAUAAGCUAAGCGACUCGUCCAGACAGGAGCCAGUGCUGUGAGGCAAGGAAGGGCGGACGGGGGAGCAGAGAGGAGCACCCCGCCCUCCCCCAGCCGGGACCCAGCCGGGGAAGCCCUCCACUCUCCCUCCGCCCCACUCCACAUCAAGAUGCGGGGCAGACUUGGGAGGCGGCCCACCACAGGUCUCCCUGGGAAGAAAGCAGAGAGAUUGGGAAGUGGGUCCCUGGGGGCCACGCCCGGUGUCUGGCCCUCAUCUGCUUCAGGUCGGCCUGCACCCUGCGCACCCACAGGUGGGAACAGCUUGAUGUUGGGUUCAUGUCUCGGGGCCCAGGACACCACGAGAACAUGUCAGCCUGUGGACUCAUGGCCAGGAAGACGUCGAGAAACGGGAGAGAGGGCCGGGAGGGCGCACUGGGGGCAUCCCGGAUUCCCAUCCACAUCCGGAAGGCUCUGGUCACGCCAGGCUUGGAGUCUAAUAAA